AUGGUCAAAAUUAACAUAAUCAAAUGGCUCAAUGGAGUUUCAAAGUCUGAUCAGGAUAUCCAUUUGGAUAUUGGCGGACUAAGUAGACAAUGCUUUCCCCACACUUUUGCUUUUGGAGCUUCAACUUCUGCGUAUCAAGUGGAAGGAAUGGCUCUUGAGGAAGGUCGCGGAUCUAGCAUCUGGGAUUCCUUUGUUAGAACUUCUUGGAAAAUAAAGGAUAAAACUACAGCAGAUGAUACAGUGGACCAGUAUCAUCAUUAUAAAGAAGAUAUUGAUCUUCUGAAAGAUUUGAAUUUUGACUCUUACCGAUUCUCAAUAUCAUGGUCUAGAAUCUUCCCAGAUGGAACCGGGAAAGUAAAUUGGAAGGGAGUAGAUUACUACAAUAGAUUUAUCGACUACUUGCUUGAGAAAGGUAUUACUCCCUACGUCAAUCUUCAUUAGUUUGACCUUCCUGAGGUACUUGAAAAGAGAUACAAUGAAUGGUUAUGCAAGAAAAAGGAAAUAGUGAAAGACUUUGUUGAUUAUGCGGACUUUUGUUUCAAGUUGUUCGGAGACAGAGUAAAGAACUGGUUUACUCUUAAUGAACCCAGAAUUGCAAGUAUUUUUGGUUACUACUCUGGUAUUAUUGCUCCUGGAAGGUGCUCCAAACCAAUUGGAGAGUGUGAGGAGGGGUGUUCUCUAACUGAGCCUUAUGAAGCUGCCCACAACAUGAUUUUAGCCCAUGCAGCUGCCGUCCAAAUAUAUCGUCUAAAGUAUCAAAAAAAACAACAGGGAAAAAUUGGAAUUGUCCUGGAUUGUAGGUGGUAUGAACCUUUUCGCAGCCCCAGAAAUGACCAUGAAGCUGCUAAAAGAGCAAUCGACUUUGAAAUUGGAUGGUUUAUGCAUCCGAUUUCAUGUGGUGAGUACCCAAAAAGCAUGAUACAUAACGUUGGGGAUAGACUACCAAGUUUCACGGAAAAAGAGAGAGACAUGGUGCGGGGCUCAAUAGAUUACGUGGGUAUCAACCACUACUCCACUAGUUAUGCUGAAGAUCCAAUCGAAUUGCCGCCUCGUUUAUAUGCAGGCUACGAAAAAGACCGCCGUGUUAUUGUUCAUGAUGACAAAGUUGAAGAGGCAAAUGGUUCGAAUAAUAAUGGUAGACCUUGGGGUAUGUACAAGCUUUUAAUGCACCUAAAAGACAACUAUGGACACUAUCCGAUCAUUGUGGUGGAAAAUGGGACGAAUGAUGCGAGCGAUAUCCUAUUUCCCUACGUAUUGCAUGACAAAGCAAGGGUGGAUUAUUAUAAAGGCUAUGUGGAUGCAGUGAAAAAUGCAAUUGAUAAUGGAGCAAAAGUGAUAGGCUAUUUCGCAUGGUCAUUGCUUGAUAAUUGGGAAUGGAGUAGAGGAUACACUACGAGGUAUGGCAUUGUCCAUGUUGAUCUUAACGAUCAAAAGAGGUACCCCAAGUUGUCUGCAUAUUGGUUCCAACAACUGCUCAAGGAAGAGAAGGUGAAGCCUUAAGCCACAGCCCGAAUGUCUCUUCUUAAUAAUGGAAUUGUGGUUUAUGUAAUAACUAAAAAUCAUCAAUAACUCUUAAUCGAAUCUACUAGAUACGAGAAGUAGUUGCCGGUUAAUGAUAUAUAUGUUCUUCUCUUUAAUUAUCAAUAUAAUUAAAUCAU